AAAAUCGGAAAUCAUUUUCAGCCUUGUUUCUCCACACUUUAGGCAAGGUCACGAUAUCGGCGAAAUCCUUCCACGACAGGUAGACUGAGCUAGGUCGGAUAUCAUUAGCCAAUUCUAACUGACGGGCAAACUAACCCCCCCCAACAAUCCAACAAUCGAGUGGAGAUGUGCUGAUGAAUUAAUGUUACUUAAGGUCCCUGUACUCUGCUCCUGGCCCGGAAGGGCGAAGGGUUUUAUAACCUUAUGCCCUUGCCCUAUUUGUUGUUUAGUCAAACAAAUUAAACCAAACCAAUCUAUUUCAAUAACGUGCGUGAGAGAAGAACCAUGGGACCAUCGCUACAAAAGUCCCUCCUAUACGUGGAUGAAACGCCACAGGAGGUUAAGGACGCAAAGGGUAUACAUCUCAUCACACAAUCCACACCCAAUGGCCAGAAAGUCCAGAUUCUCCUGGAAGAGUUAGCCGAUGUGUAUAACCUAGAAUGGACCACGACGGUAAUCAACAUAUCCACAAACGAGCAGAAGAAAGAUUGGUUUCUCCGAUUAAACCCCAAUGGUCGCAUACCCGUCAUCGUCGAUAACACCCAGUCGCCUCCAUUUCCGGUAAUGGAGACGUCUGCCGAGCUCCUCUACCUCUCAGGUAUCGCAGACAAAGAUCACGUCUUCAGCUUCGCCGACCCGCUGGAGCAGAAUCAAUGCGUACAGUGGCUCUUCUUCUGGCACGGCUCUGGAGCUCCCUAUCAUGGCCAGGUCAUCCAUUUUGGUAUCCUGGCCAAGGAGAAACUCCCAUAUGCCAUCGAGCGCUUUACCAACGAACUGCUUCGCGUCUUUGGGGUCCUCGAGAUCCAGCUGAGUGGAAAGUUUACUGGCACACCUCGCGAAUACCUUGCCGGCCCCGGAGAUGGCAAGUACAGCAUUGCGGACAUGGGCACAUGGCCGUGGAUCAAACUCUGGAAGUUUACUGGCAUCACAGAGGACCAAAUGAGCCAGUUUCCUCAUCUGAGAAAGUGGUUGGAUAGGAUAGAAUCCCGGCCAGCGGUUCAGAGAGCUAUGGGAGACAAGUAUAAGCAGCAGUAGUAAGAUCUAAUCGUACCAACGAACAACGAAUCUUUGACAAUCG